CCUUUGGAGGUCCCGAGGGGUUCAGAUGAGAAACAACUAUCAUCUUGCUUACGAAGCGAUCACUUCCAAGCAGCGCAGCCAUGUCGAGGUCUUUUUAUGUUGAUUCUUUAAUAAUCAAGGAUACGGUACGACCUGGGCCAGCUGAGCACGCUGGACAAGACUUCCUUAUUCCUAUCAGCAUGCACUCUCCAAGCGUAAUGACGGUGACAGCUCCGGUGUGCCCGUCAAGGAAAAAUGGGACGUUCUGUGUUUGCCCGCUGUGUGUCACGUCCCACAUCCACUCUUCGCGCAACGGCAUUCCCAUACUGAAGAGCCAGUUCCCAGGAGCGGAGACACAGUACUGUCAGAGAAUAGCGCAUCAUCAGUCCGCAGCACUCGCGCACCCGGGCCAUACACCUGUCUGCACGCCCACCUUCAGCGUCACAGAUCCCAGAAGAUACCACUGUCUUUCUAUGGGCGCCUCCGAGAACAGCCACAUACAGAAUGGCAAGAGGAUGCGCACGGCUUUCACAAGCACACAACUCCUGGAGCUUGAAAGGGAGUUUUCCACGAACAUGUAUCUCUCGAGACUCAGAAGAAUCGAAAUCGCCACUUAUUUGAACCUGUCCGAGAAACAGGUGAAAAUCUGGUUUCAGAACCGCAGGGUGAAGCACAAGAAGGAGGGCAAAGCCACCCAAAGGAGCGCACACAGCGGUUGUAAGUGCACAACUGGUCACACAGACUAUUCAAGGUCAGAGGACGAGGAGUCUCUAUCACCGGCCUCUGCUUCGGAAGAGAAAGAGGUGUCACCUAUCUGAGUAGCAGGACUUCCUAACUCCCACUGCAGGCACUUACUCUACCCUGCUACAGUUACGGGUUAUGGCAAACUUUGAGCCAAAAAUCUCCUGCAUGAAGUAUGAGAAAAAUAUUGAAAAUAUGUCCCUGGCUUCAUGUUUAUAUACUGCUGUUAAGUGAAAGGGAAAAUAUGUGUCUAUGUUCUUAAGAAUAUGGAAACAGGACCUGCUGUAUGCGUAACAGACUAAUGUACUUUGUUCCCUUCAGGGUUCUCCCCUACAAACCUUGUUAACUAACCCCCAACAUCCUAUUCCUGUCAGCGAGGCCUAACCUAUGUGGAACCUGUACGCAACACUUUGUACAAUAUGUAUAUCUGUAUUUAUUGUAAUAAACAUGA